CUUCGGUGGCGACGGGCGCGCCAGCAGCUGCGGGUCCAGCGCGGUCCCCGAGCCGAGCCGAGGCUGCCUCGUGCGGUGGGCGGGCGGGGGCGAGCUCCGGGCGGCCGCCCGCCAAACCGGGACCGCGGAGGGACCGCCCGCCCGGGGGAGGCGAGGAUCUGCGCUGGGCUUCCCGCACCCUAUAUCUUUUUUUCCCCAUUACUUCAGUGCCCUGAAAUCAGAGUAAUCCACCCAGAUAAUAUGACAGGCACCUCCCGUGGUUUGGAGCCAUAUCUGUGAUGAAUGCAGGCCUUCCACAGGUCCUGAGAGCUUGGUACAGAGCACACACUGCUUGCUAGUUGGCGCGGCAAUCAUGCCAUCUCUGCCUCAAGAAAAAGUUAUUCAGGGGCCUUCUGCGUUGGAUCUGAGUACAGAGCUGCCUUUACAAAGCACACUGAAAAGGAGAGUCAGAAAGAAGAAAAAGAAGGGAACAAUUACAGCCAAUGUUGCUGGAACAAAGUUUGAGAUUGUUCGUUUAGUAAUAAUAGAUGAAAUGGGAUUUAUGAAAGCUUCAGACGAGGAUGAAACGAGUAACCUGAUAUGGUGUGACGCCGCGGUCCAGCAGGAGAAGAUCGCAGAGCUGCAAAACUACCAGAGGAUCAACCAUUUUCCAGGAAUGGGGGAGAUCUGUAGGAAAGAUUUCUUAGCAAGAAAUAUGACCAAAAUGAUCAAGUGCCGGCCUCUGGAUUAUACCUUUAUUCCUCGAACAUGGAUCUUCCCUGCUGAAUAUACUCAAUUCCAGAACUACAUGAAAGAAUUGAAGAAAAAAAGAAAGCAGAAAACUUUUAUAGUAAAGCCAGCUAAUGGUGCAAUGGGUCAUGGGAUUUCUUUGAUAAGAAAUGGUGACAAACUUCCAUCUCAGGAUCAUUUGAUUGUUCAAGAAUACAUUGACAAGCCUUUCCUAAUGGAAGGCUACAAGUUUGAUUUACGAAUUUACAUUCUGGUAACAUCAUGUGAUCCACUGAAAGUAUUUCUCUACCACGAUGGACUUGUGCGAAUGGGAACGGAGAAGUAUAUUCCACCUAAUGAGUCCAAUUUGACCCAGUUAUACAUGCACCUGACAAACUACUCUGUGAACAAACACAAUGAGCGUUUUGAAAGGGAUGAGACAGAAAACAAGGGCAGCAAACGCUCCAUCAAAUGGUUUACAGAAUUCCUGCAAGCAAAUCAACAUGAUGUUGCCAAGUUUUGGAGUGACAUUUCAGAAUUGGUUGUUAAGACUCUCAUUGUGGCAGAGCCUCAUGUCCUGCAUGCUUACCGGAUGUGCAGACCUGGGCAGCCUCCGGGGAGUGAAAGUGUCUGCUUUGAAGUCCUGGGAUUUGACAUUUUGUUGGACCGAAAGCUAAAGCCGUGGCUUCUGGAGAUCAACCGAGCUCCGAGCUUUGGGACUGAUCAGAAAAUAGACUAUGACGUAAAAAGGGGAGUGCUGCUAAAUGCACUGAAGCUCCUCAACAUCAGGUCCAGCGAUAAAAGGAAAAACUUAGCCAAACAAAAAGCUGAGGCUCAGAGGAGGCUUUAUGGUCAGAAUUCAAUCAAAAGGCUCUUGCCAGGUUCCUCAGACUGGGAGCAGCAGAGGCAUCAGCUGGAGAGGCGGAAAGAGGAAUUGAAAGAGAGACUUGUUCAAGUGCGAAAGCAGGUCUCUAAAGAACAACACGAAAAUCGACAUAUGGGGAAUUAUAGACGAAUUUAUCCUCCUGAAGAUAAAACUCUACUUGAAAAGUAUGAAAAUUUGUUGGCUGCUGCCUUUCAGACCUUUCUUUCAGGAAGAGCAGCUUCAUUCCAGCGUGAGCUGAACAAUCCCUUGAAAAGGAUGAAGGAGGAAGAUAUUUUGGAUCUUCUGGAGCAAUGUGAAAUUGAUGAUGAAAAGUUGAUGGGCAAAACUUCCAGGCCUCGAGGACCAAAGCCUCUCUGUUCCAUGCCUGAGAGUACGGAGGUGAUGAAAAGACAAAAGUACUACAGCAGUGACAGCAGUUAUGAUAGUAGUGAGAGCUCUUCAGAAUCAGAUGAAAAUGAAGAGUACCAAAAUAAAAGAAGAGAAAAGCAAGUUACUUAUAAUCUUAAACAGUCCAACCACUUCAAAAUAUUCCAACCAUCCAGUUCCAUGAGGCGUUCAUUCAGUUGCCCUCGGUCCAUCUCUUCUCAAUCACCUUGUAGUGCAGACAUCCGCCCUCUUUCUGCUCAACAAACGAUGUCAGCAUCCCGGACAACUUCAUCGUGUCGGUCACAUUCCCUAAACCGUGCUUCCUCCUACACGAGGCAUCUGCCUCAUAAUAACGAUGCCAGCUCUAACUUUCAAGUGAGUGAGUCUUUGCGGCAACCGAAAACAAAAGAACAAGAAGAGGAUCUAACAAGUCAGACCUUAUUUGUUCUCAAGGACAUGAAAAUCCGUUUUCCAGGGAAAUCAGAUGCAGAAUCACUACUUCUGGUGGAAGAUAUCCUUGAUAACUGGAAGCUUCAUAAAACAAAAGUGGCUUCAUAUUGGCUCAUAAAAUUGGACUCUGUAAAACAACGAAAAGUUUUGGAUAUAGUGAAAACAAGUAUUCGCACAACCCUUCCACGCAUCUGGAAGGUGGUUGAUGUCGAUGAACUACCUUUAUAUCGGAUUUUUAACCGGGUUUUUAAUCGCUUACUCUGGAGUCAUGGCCAAGGACUAUGGAACUGUUUCUGUGAUUCAGGGUCCUCUUGGGAGAGUAUUUUCAGUAGAAGCCCAGAGGUGGUGACUCCUUUGCAGCUCCAGUGUUGCCAGCGCCUGGUUGAACUAUGUAAACACUGCCUGCUUCUGGUUUACAAAUAUGAAACAGAGACAAGAGGAUCACUCUCAGGCAUUGGUACUGACUGGGGAAAUUCCAGGCAUUUACUACCAAGAAGUACAUUCUUCAUGAGAUCACCAGUCUACAACUUGAAAUACAAUUCACCUGGAAUGACUCGCUCCAAUGUUUUGUUUACAUCCCGAUGAGGCCAUUUGUGAAACAGAAGGGAAGAUUGCCAUGGGUUAUGCAUAAUAGCAAUUCAUUGCCCCCAAAUGUAAACAUGCAAGGAAAGCAACCAUUAAGUGCUGUUUUAUGUAUAUAUGACAUAUAUAUGUGUGAAAUAUAUGCACACAUGCACUCAAAUAAUAUAUUUAUUAUAUAAAAGAAUUAGAAAACUUGGAUAGAAGACUUAACCUUUCUGGAAAUGUAAUAAACCAUGUUAAUAUUGUUUACACAAUAUGUGAAUGUCUAGAAUUUGCUAGGUUUAUAAUUAAUACCUUCCUACUAGAAAUGGUAUUUUUGCUGCAGAGAAUAUGAAACAGAACUGAUCUUGAAGAUCUCACUACAGUGUUAAAUUAUUUUCUAGAUAAUAUGUAUUUAACUUGAAUAAACUCUAGUAGUAUAAUACCUUAUUCUCUUACAUACAUAGUAGCCAUAUAAAAAUGAGGAAAAAUUAGAAGCCUGGAGUUGCUUUGAUGAUAGGAGUAAGCGUAAAACGGGUUUAUCAUGACUAUAGCACACUAUACAAAUUCCAACUUGAUUCUUCCACAUUUUGAUUCCUGUAUGUGAAAAUUUAGCCACUUAUGAUAGUGUAAAUUUUCAGUAAGGAUAUAGUGAGACCAUAUUCUGAUCUAAAAUGGAAGACAAUCCAGUAGGUUAAGAAUAAACAAAACAUAAACUAUCUUUUAUUUUCACUUUUUAUCACGAGUUACAUAAAUGAAUAGAAAAUGAUGAUAAUGACAGAAAUCUUUUCAGAUGAUUUUUGUUAUCUCAUACUACUCAUUUUUAUUUGGAAUGUAUAUUUCCAAUGUGUAUACACAGUCAAAAAUAUUUUUUCCUGUUCUUCAGCAGAAGAGUUGACCUUUGAAAUUCAUUUCAGUGUUAAUGUGUCACACUUAUUUUACGUCUUUCAAGGUUGAGAUCAAAUUACAUUGCAAAGUCUAAUACAGUUUCACAUUGCACCAUAGAAAAUAAUCUAAAAUGUUGCAAAUGAAGGAUUCUGAUUACUGGAUAUUAUUAGUUGUGGUGUACCCUUAAGAAUCAAAUAAAAAUAAAGUAUGAAGUUUCUUCUAGUUCAAAGUUAUUAUGCAUAAGUUUCAUAGCAGCUUCCAUUUCUUAGAGUUUCAAAAUCAAUGAGUGAGCUUUUCAGUUUUCUCUGAAAAUAUAAACACUAUCAUUGACAUGUAGAUCCUUAGAAAUUGCAAUAUUCACUCUUUUAGAAGUUUGUUUAAACUUCUCCCCAAAGCUUUAUUUUCUCACAGACACUAAUUAUUUACAAAAUUCAUGAGUGUUUUACCUCCUUUUAUUAUUCUAAAAGCUAAUUCCAGUAAAUCAAGAAAUGGCCCAAAUCAGAAGGAGCGCUAAGAGAGGCAAACUAGCCUUUUUUAAUUCACAAGCUGGAUAAUUGGCAACCCCAAGUUGUAAGUUAGAUCUACUUUGCUUUUAAAGCCAUGUUCUAUGUCUGGGUUAGACUAAAGUAGUGUGUUCUUGGAACUAUUGCUAAUGACUACCUAACAUCUAUAUUCCGAUAGAUACUUUUUCUUGCUAGAUGUAUCCCAAAGAAGGAUAUUUUUAUCCUUGUUGAAAAAGAGAAUAAGGAUGUCAGGAUGAAGGAAAUCACUGCGUAACCCUGAGUGUUUAUGACUCAAUUUUGUAAAUUCUUAAACAUGUGUUAUAGGUUUUUUAGAAAAAAUAAUGCAAAAAUAGGGAUAUUAUAAGAUCAUUAUAAGAAUAAUCACCAAGUAGGUGUUUUCAAGGAGUAUUUUUAGUCAUUUCUCAAAUUCAUGAUUUGUCCAUGAAUGAGACACAAUUUCAGGUGUCUGGUAUAUAAUAUCAACACAGUUGGCCUCUCACUUGCAUUGGUUUAAAUAAAAAAAUGGCUAUUUAAUUUGCUAGAGCCAGUGCUUUGGAACUUUUGUCCUCAGUUGCACAGGAGUGCAAUUUUUAUUUAAGACAUAAAAAGAACAUGGAGAUGUACCCUCUUCCCCUAGGAAACACACACACUUAGAAUUUUUAAAACUCAGAAUAAAUUUAAUAUAUGAAACAACCCAACUAAUUUAUGAACAAAUUCAUUUUGAUAGCUACUUAAGUCCUUUUUUGAGCACUAGAAUUUCUUUGCCCACAUUUGCCUAUGUAUAUUGAUCUAGUUUGAUAUGAAGUUGUGAAAAAAGCCACAUACUCAAUAUUUAUAUAUACCACUGAUAUGCAGUGGUCUAUGAUUGCUGUCCUGUUUAUUCCCUUUUGAGACACUAAGAAGAGAAGAUACGGUAAUAAGGCGUGGAAGUUUCUAGAGGACAUAGAAAUGUUUUAGAGGUAAAACAUAUUCCAUAGUGUUUAUUAUAAUUUUUUAUUAAUGGGUUUAAACAUCAAUAUAAAUAAUAGUGUGGGUCUGACACUCUCUCCUAGGAGAUAAAAUAACUUAUCUGAAAAAUUCAUAAGCUACUCAAUUUUACCAGGUGUUUCUAUUAGGGAAUUUUAUUUACUUACGAUGAAAGCAUAUUUUCCUGCUAAGAAAAUACCCAUGAUUGUUCUGUAAAUCUAGGAUUGGAAUGAUUUUCAGAAUUGUAUAAAAAGCAACCUUUUUAUUUUAAAUAAUUUAUGAACAGUUUUACAUUCAGAUUAGUUUUCAUUUGCAUAAUCCAGUAUUGUAGAUUUGUUGCUAUUUGCAAUCUGUUGGAGGAAAUCAUUAUUUACCAGUAAAACAAUUUUAUUUUACUAGCAUUUAUUUACCUUGUAUGUAUAAAAAUGAAGUUAUAACAGAAUCAAAUAUGCUAAUGACAGCAGUAGCCUCUGAUUAGAACAUGGUUAAAUAGCACUGGUUAUAAAAUGCAAAGAUCUAUACACAUUUUUGUAGAUUCAGAUACUAAAAGUUUCUGUUAAUGCCUCUUCCCUGAAACUAAAAUGAACCAAAUUCAAGCAAAUAACCCCAACCUUCUGUACAGCUAGAUGACAGUGGGUUCCAGACAUCAAUACAAACAUUUCAACCUUAUUCUUUUUAGUUUGGAAAGUUCAUGAUUGUAGCGUUUUGUUAUCCAAGUGGAAAUUUCAGAUGUUUUCAUGUAAAUUAAUCCAAAUGUUUUCUUCUUUAGUCUGUUGAAACCAUUUUGUUUAAAAAUUCUCUUGAAAUCUAAACAUACACAUUACAUGACAUUUUAAAAAGUACCAAAAUUAAUAGUUGUAUAAAUGUUAUUAUUUCUAGUUUUCUAUAAAGCAGGGAUUCAUUCAAAAUAUAUUCUUUAAAAUAUAAUAGAUACCUUGAGAAGAAUGACAAAAUAUUUUUUUUCUGUUCUAUUUUCUGCUAAUUUACAUUUUGAAUCUUAAUUUGAUUAUAAGGGUUAAACAAUAAAAAGUGUGACCACAAUUAAUGUGUUUCUGUGACUUGAAAAUUUGCUUUCAUCUUUAAAUUGAGAGAUUACAUUUUUUUUCAAUAACUGAAUUAGUUAUCUACAUAUUUUGGACUAAUAUUACUUUUGAAUAGAUUAAAAAUUUAGAAAUAUAUUAAUGAUCAAAAUUUUAUUCCUUACACUGUCCUUCCUCCUUUAUUUCUUUUUCUUCUUUUCUUAAACUUUAAGUUCUCUUUGAGGUUUUGACUUUAGUAUGGAUAAAGACAAGAAAAGAAAAAUCCUCAGUGACAAUAAAAGAUAAUGUGUCAUUGGAUCUAGUUUAGUUUGCUGAGAUUUUUAGGAAUCAGGUUGAAGUCUCUAGGCCUAAAAAGCAUUAAUUGUCUGGAUCCAUGUGAACCAAGGUUAAUAGCUAUAGUCUUGAAACCAAAAAUUGGUAUAUUGAAACUUAUUUCACACUUUGAGAUUGCUAGUGUGUGUGUGUGUGUGUGUGUGUGUGUGUGUGUGUGUGUAUGUAUGUGUGUGUGUGCUUUGUCAUAAACGAGUAUAUGGCAUAUUGGAGGAAACUAUUCAGGUAACACAUUCUGCAUUAACUGGGCUGUAUUAUCCAAGAAUUGCAAAAUAAAGCUUUUAUUUCCCCCACCAAUUAAUUUGAAAACUGUUGUCAAGUCAUCAUUCAAUAGACCGAUAUUUUCUAAAUUAGUAAGAAAACAUACCUUACAAAAGUAAUCCUAUAAUGCUAAUAUUUCUCUUUCAAAGGCUAACACCGACAGUUCUUGGUCUUGAGUUGGUCAGUUCAUACAGGAACUAAUGUACUUUCUACACAUCGAAUAUUCAUAGCUUUGCUGAAGAUUCUGGGCUUGAAGAUUAACUUGAAAGCUAUACAUUUGCUACCAUAAAUCAUGAUUCAAAUUACCCUCAUGUGCUUUACUAUCUGUAUAUGAAUGCAAAUGCUGUCACAGGAAAUAUGCUUGAAAUGUCUACAAAAUGUGCAAUUAGUAUGGCCUUGCCAUGCUUCAGCAUGUGCUAUCUGUAUGGUGAACUUAUUUCAAUUACUCUGAUAUGUUACUAUAAUAAAAAAUGUUUAACAUAAGAAA